UUCCCCUUGCCAAUAUUCUCCUAAAUCUUCUCUCCCUCUUCCAAUACCCCCAAGUUUCUUGGUGCAAAAGUUUAUAGUUAUCCUUUGUCUCCUCCCUCCUACCUUCUUUCUUCAUGCCCUUUUAACCAUUAAAUAUAUACACAUUCACACACAAAAAUAAUAGGAAAACGAUAAAAUGAGUUGCAAUGGCUGUCGAGUCCUUCGAAAAGGUUGCAGUGAGAACUGUAUUCUUAGACCUUGUUUACAAUGGAUCGAAACUCCUGAAGCCCAAGGCCAUGCUACUGUAUUUGUUGCUAAGUUUUUUGGCCGUGCUGGACUCAUGUCUUUCAUUUCUGCUGUCCCAGAAAAUCAAAGACCUGCUUUGUUUCAGUCGUUGUUAUACGAAGCUGCUGGAAGAACAGUGAACCCAGUAAACGGAGCUGUAGGGUUAUUAUGGACGGGGAAUUGGCACGUCUGUCAAGCGGCGGUGGAAACCGUCCUCCGCGGCGGCGCGUUACGGCCGAUCUCUGAAUUUCUCGGCGCAUCGUUGGAGAUUGACGAGGUGUCUGAGUGCAACAACACGUUUAAGCUACAGGAUCCCAGUGUAAACAUGUUGCAGCAAAAACGGCGUCGUUCUCCCAAGGAAACUUCAAUGUUGACAGAUCUCAACCUCAGUUUAACAGCAGGAUUUAAUCAACAGGUGUAUAACAAUAGCCACACUUUGCCGGAGAAACAUGUGAGACCAGGAACUCCGUCGAUGAAUUCAGAAGAAUCUGGAACAACUAGUACUUGUUUUCAAAGUGUUGGUGUUGUUAUUGGAGAUCAUUAUCAAGGAAAAGAACCUAAAUUACUCAGCUUGUUUAAUUAGUUUCUACUAAUAUUUUGUUAGUAUUAACUUUUUAAAUCUUUUUCCUUUUUUUUAAUUAUGGGGAAGGGUUUUCCUGGAAGUAAAUUCCGGUGAGUUUUCGUAAAUCAUUGGCACUGGAUUCCCCUCCUUUCAAGUUUCUUCAUUACGACGGACAGUAUUAGAAAGGGAGGGGAAAGUGAAAGUUUACCAGUGAUUCCUUCCUUCUUUUUUGUUCUUAUUAUUGGAUUAUCGUUUUCGUGUUCCAUAACGUGUCUAAUGAAUGUUGGAUAUCAAUAAAUUGAUUGUUUAUCUUUCUUUA